AUGCGGUCGCUCCUCAGAGGGCCGCUUCUCCUCCUCGCCUCGAUGGCUGCCCUGUCAUCGCCGGCGUCGGGCGAGAAGCUGCUCAUGUCCAACUCGCUCAAUACCUGCCAGCAGGACUCGAGUUUCACGGCCUCGCUCUUCAACGUCGUCUACACCCCCGCCAACAACUCAGCCAACAUCGACAUGGUGGCCACGUCGUCGGUCCAGGGCAAGGUGCUCUUCGACCUCGCCAUUUCCGCCUAUGGCUACCAGUUCCUCCGCCUGACCGUCGAUCCCUGCAACAUUGAUCUCGCCGGCCUAUGCCCCAUGGUCGCGGGCAAGAUCCCUUUUGGCUUCAACCUGCCCAUCAGCGAGAGCGCCGCCAAACAGAUUCCCGAAAUCGCCUACAACAUCCCCGAUCUCGACGCCACGGUCCGCGUCUACGUCAACCUGACAGCGACGGGCGAGAGUGUCGCCUGCGUCGAGGCCGACAUCUCCAACGGCAAGACGGUCGACCUGCUGGGCGUCAAGUGGGCCACGGCCAUCAUUGCCGGCCUCGCCCUCGUCUCCUCGGCCGUCGUCAACGGCCUAGGCCACUCCAACACGGCCGCCCAUGUCGCCGCCAACUCGCUAUCCCUCUUCGGCUACUUCCAGGCCCAGGCCAUUCUCGGCCUCACCAGCGUCCAGCUGCCCCCCAUUGUGCAGUCGUGGACCCAGGACUUUCAGUGGUCCAUGGGCAUCAUCCGUGUCGGCUUCAUGCAGGAUAUCUUCACCUGGUACCAGCGCGCCACGGGCGGCACCCCGUCCACCAUUUUCGACUCCCUCACCACCGUCUCUGUCCAGGUCGCCAAGCGCUCCCUCGACUACGCCGACACGAGCCUGAACCUCUUCAAACGCGGCCUCGCCAUGAUGCCCCGCUCUGCCGUCGUGGAUGCCGCCCGCUCCCUCGUCAAGCGCAACAACAUCACGACCGGCUCCGGCGCUUACAUUGUCUAUGGCAUACAGCGCGUGGCAUUUAGGUCCAAGAUUGAGACAACCAACCUCUUCAUGACGGGCCUGACCUUUUUCUGCAUCUUUGUCGUCCUUACAGUGCUCAUCGUCGCCGCCUUCAAGGGCAUCUGCGAGCUCUUUGUCCGCAAUAAGUGGAUGGACAAGGACAAGUUCCUCGACUUCCGCAAUGGCUGGCUCACUGUCCUCAAGGGCAUCCUCUUCCGCGUUGCCCUCAUCGGCUUCCCCCAGAUGGCAAUUCUCUGCCUGUGGGAGUUCACGCAAAACGACUCGCCCGCCGAGAUUGUCCUCGCCGUCUUCUUCUUCUUCGGCAUGGCCAUCACUCUGGCUUGGGGCGCCAGCAAGGUGAUCCGCAUUGCACGCCGCUCUGUCGCCAUGCACCGCAACCCGGCCUACAUCCUCUUCUCCGACCCCCAGGCUCUCAACAAGUGGGGCUUCCUCUACAUCCAGUUCCGGGCCUCGGCCUUUUACUUCAUCGCGCCCGUCCUCGGCUACACCCUCAUUAAGGCCAUGUUUGUGGCCUUUUCGCAGCGCAGCAGCGUCGCCCAGGCCAUUGGGUUCGUCAUUGUCGAGGCCGGCGCCCUCAUUGCCGCCUCGGUCCUGCGGCCGUGGAUGGACAAGAGCACCAACUCGUUCAACAUUGCCAUUUGCGUCGUCAACUUCCUCAACGCAAUCUUCCUCCUCAUCUUCUCCAACGUCUUUGGCGCCCCGCCCCUCGUCGUCGGCGUUGUCGGCGUCGUCCUCUUCGUGCUCAACGCCGCCUUUUCGUUGAUCCUGCUCAUCAUGGUCAUCGUGUCGACGACCAUCACCUUCUUCCGCAAGAACCCCGAUGCCCGCUACCAGGUCAUGGCCGAUGACCGCGCCUCCUUCAUGAAGUCGCAAACGCAGCUGACGACGACGACGGAGCUCGACGCCCUCGCCGCGACGGCCCGCGGCGACAAGGGCGGCUACAAGUCGCACCUGGACCUCGACGACGACAACGAGUCGCUCUCGUCGGAAGAUCUUCGCCGACGCGCAGACACGCAUGGCUCACAGGGCUCCUACCACCAGGCUAGCAGCGGACCUCGGUCUCCCGUCAACCCGUCGAUGCCCCUCUUCCCGGCCGGCGGUCAACGGCCCCAGAGCCCUUUCCGGUCUGCCUCGCCCAACAACUUCAACCGCUCCGGGUCGUCGCUCGGGCAGCAUCGGUCAAACGAUGACUCGAGCUCGGCCGGGUAUCGCGCACAAAACACUGCCAGCCCGUGGCAACGUGGAGCAGGCUACGACUAA